AUGGGUGUGGGAAUGAAGGUCCUCAUGGGCAUCAGGGUUAUUGCCCUGAUCUCUACAUUGAUAGUGGUUGGGCUGGGCGCGUGGUCCAGAUUCGUUGAGCAGGACAUAGAGACGCGUGGAGCCGCAGUUUUACAACGACUUCAGCCGGAGGCGUUGACAGCGCAGGAAUGGCGCGACUUCUUCAUCGCGGCGACACAAGGGACCUCGAGAAUCUGGAUAACGAUCGUUGCCGCUUCCAUCGCAUUCCUUACAAGUUUCUUCGUCGUUCUUUCAUCAGUCGUCAGAGGCCUUAAAAUCCCGGGAACCAUCCGCGUCCCCGUCGAGUUUCUCUCCAUGAGCGCCAUGAUCGCAGCGUUCGGUUGCUCACUCAGCCUCGCAUGGACGCUGCUUGCCUUCACCAGAGAAGAGCUCGAAACAGCCGACUCUGCGGACCUUACCAUGUUCACCAUGAUCCUUCCUUUAAGCAGGGGCUUGGUCGUUACCACCGGCUGCACAAGCUUCAUCCUUCUCAGCACCAGCAUCACAGCCUUAGUUCGUGCGUGCAUGGGUGUGCGGGAUAAGGAGAGCUGCUCCUUUGAACCAACAGCAUCAGCACUUGGAAUGGGACACGGAUACCAAGCGAUCGUGCCUCCUGCGCCGCGAAGCCGCCCACCUACCCUGUACGACCCCCGAAAGCCACUCCCGAAGCAGCUGGACGGCAUGCCUCAGACCGAGGAAGAGAGAGCUCUAGCGCAAGAGAUUGCGCGAACUCCUCGCACAGUCUCAGUAUUGAGCGAGUCAAGCAGGUACUCCGGAGAUUUUGAGAAGGAGGAAACUUGGCCAUUAAAUCCGGAGAAGACACAGGUGCGAUCCAUUCGACCAUCAAGACCUUGGAGCGGAAUGCCAAAGAAUGCGAAGAGUCCUGGUUUUAACGCGAUGUAA